CCGGGCCCGCCGCACCGCCGAGCGGGGCACCGGGUGCCGCAAAGGGUUAAUGAGCGGGUGGCGGAGCCUCGCUGCCCCUUUCGGGAGACCGAAAAAAGGGAGGAGGAGGGGGGAAAAAAAAGGAAAAAAAAAAAAAAAAGAAAAAUCCCGAGCUGCCGCUGCCGGGAUCGCGGAGCCCUGCCCCUCUCCGCCCCCUGCGCAGCGCGCCCGGCCGGGGGGAGACCCGCGGGACGCGGCGGCCGGCGCAGCGGCGGGACGACAAUGCAGCGGGCGGAGAAAGCAGGAGGGGCAGUGAGAGGCAACAUGGAGGGAGGCGCGGAGCGGGCCAGCCCCUGAUGCGGCUCUUUCUCCUCCUCCUCCUCCUCCGGGCAGCGGCUCCGGCGGCGAUUCCCUCCCUGGCGGCGGCUGGCGGCGGCGGGUGGAAAUGAGCAGGUCGGCGGCGCUUCUCCUCUGCCUGCUCGGCUGCAACGUGUGGAAGGCGGUGACCAAAACCUUAGGGGCGCCCGAGGCGGCUCAAGAAGUAACGCUGAAGGUCCACAUAAGUGAUGCCAGCACACAUCAGCCAGUAACCGAAGCCUUCAUUGAGAUUUUUACCAACCAGAUUUCCAUUGCAUCUGGAACCUCAGGAGCAGAUGGCACUGCCUUCCUCAAGUUUCAGUAUAAGUUGGGCAAUCAGCUGAUAGUGACUGCUAGUAAACAUGCAUAUGUGCCAAAUUCUGCACCAUGGAAACCUGUAAGAUUGCCUGUGUUCUCUUCACUGAGUCUUGGCCUUCUUCCUGAACGCUCAGCUACUCUAAUGGUCUAUGAUGAUGUAGUCCAGAUAGUCUCAGGAUUUCAAGGGGCACGGACUCAGCCACAAGUUCACUUUCAGAGAAGAUCUGUGAAACUACCAGAGAACACUAGCUACAGUGAUUUGACAGCAUAUCUAACAGCAGCCAGUUCACCCUGGGAAGUGGACAGUUUUCCUUAUUUGCAGGGAUUAGAUGGGAAUGGAACAGGUAACAGCACUAGGUAUGACCUCACCCCUGUCACUGCCGUCAGCGUUCAUCUUCUCAACAGUGAUGGGACUCCAAUCCCAGUGAAUGGCCCCAUCUAUGUAACAGUGCCUCUGCCAACAAACAGCAACUUGAAGCACAAUGCACAUGUUCCAGCAUGGAGGUUUGACCAAAAAUUUGGGACAUGGCUGAAGAGUAGUUUAGGCCUUGUACAGCAAGAAGGAGAUCAGUUUACUUGGACAUACAUUGCACCUCAGCUGGGCUACUGGGUUGCAGCUAUGUCGCCUGCUAUCCCAGGUCCUGUUGUCACACACGACAUUACCAGCUAUCAUACAAUGUUUCUUUUGGCAAUUUUAGGAGGGAUGGCUGUCAUACUUCUUGUCUUGCUGUGUCUCCUUUUGUAUUACUGCAGAAGAAAAUGUUUAAAACCACGUCAGCAUCAUAAGAAGCUGCAACUUCCCACAGCACUGGACACUUCUAAGAAGGAUCAAGCAACUUCUAUGUCACAUAUAAAUUUAAUAUUUUCCCGUCGUGAGUCAGAAUUUCCAGGUGGGUUGUCUGUUGCUAGCAAUGGACACACUGAAACUUCAGGUGCAAAGGAAUUAAUCAGUGCUGUCCACAUGGAGAUGGUAUCAGCUAGUGGAGAAGCAGAUAUGCAUACACCUAUGCUCAAACACUCAUUCAGUACUUCCCAGGAUUUUAGCUCCCGAGAGGAACUGCUUUCUGACAAGGAGAAAGACAAGAGCAUAAUUUCCUUGGAUGACCUGACUCCCAGUGGGUCUCUAAGAAAAGACUACCACAAAUCAGCAGAUAGUUUUCCUUUAAAGACAAGAAAAUCUAUGGAAACAGCUGAAGGCUAUGAGUCCCCUAUCAAAGAUGAGUACAGGAGAAGUUACAAUGCUAUGCUGUCUCAGCCUUUAUUUGAAAAGCAAGAGAGAGAAAUUCAAGUAUCUCUGAAUCAUAUUGCUUCUGGAAGUAAAUACAAUAUUCAGGAACAAAUAUACCCCAUACCUUCAGCCCCCGAAAAAGAACUGUUGGACUGCAGACCUACUGAAUGUAUGAUGUCCCGUUCAGUUGAUCACCUUGAACGACCUACAUCUUUCCCUCGACCAGGUCAGUUAAUUUGCUGCAAUUCGGUUGACCAAGUUAAUGAUAGUGUUUACAGAAAAGUUUUGCCUGCAUUGGUCAUUCCAGGUCACUACAUGAAAUUACCAGGAGAACACCCUUAUGUUAGCCAACCACUGGUUGUUCCAGCUGACCAGCAAAUUGAUUUAGAAAGACUUCAGGCUGAGCUUCCUAACCCUCAUGCACGGCUCUUUCCACACCCCCCACAACAGCUGCAACCCCAACAGUUAGCAUCGCAAGCAGUAUCUCAGCAACAUUUGCAAGAUGCAGGUGCAACUGAGUGGAGCCAACAGAAUGCUUCCAUGUCUGAAUCUAUUUCCAUUCCUGCCUCACUUAAUGAUGCAUCCCUGGCUCAAAUGAAUAGUGAAGUGCAGCUUCUUACAGAAAAGGCUUUGAUGGAAUUAGGAGGUGGAAAGCCAUUGCCUCAUCCUCGGGCAUGGUUUGUUUCUCUAGAUGGACGUUCAAAUGCUCAUGUUAGACAUUCAUACAUUGAUCUCCAAAGAGCUGGUAGGAAUGGGAGUAACGAUGCCAGUUUGGACUCUGGUGUUGACAUGAAUGAACCAAAAUCUGCCCGAAAGGGAAGAGGAGAUCAUCUGUCUGCGCCACAGAGUCACCCACCAGUGCAGGAGCACCAGCAGAGAGAGCAGAAGGUUUCAGAUAGCACAGCUUAUACACAACUUGUGUAUUUGGAUGACAUGGACCAAAGUGGGAGCGAAUGUGGAACAGCAGUUUGUAGCCCAGAGGACAAUGCUCUACGAUGCCUACUAGAAGGCACUAGUAAGAGAAGUGGUGUGCAGCUGCCCAGCCUGCAGGAGGAAACAAGAACUGUGGAAACCAAACCAGAGCCAUUAACUAGUCCUGAACAUGGAACACCUGUUCAAGAUGAUGAGGAGGAUGAGGAAGAUGACCAAGGUGAAGAUAAGAAGAGUCCUUGGCAGAAACGAGAGGAAAGACCACUAAUGACGUUCAAUCUAAAGUGAGCUAUUGUGAAAAUCCACCAUUCAGUGGAAUAUAAAAUUGCCAAAUAUUCUUUCUGUGGAAGUGCUUGAUUUUUUUUCUUUUUUUGUUGUGGAGAAAAAAAGAGAAAAACAAACUGUGGUGAGCAACUUUUGAAAGAACUUAAAUGCAUUACUGUGUAAAUGUUAGAAAAGAAUUAAAAUCAUUCCUCUGAUUUAACGGCUGCCUCCAGUGAGAUAGCUGAACAAAGAGCGUGAUUGUUAUUCCAUAUACUUGAUAUUGGUCAUCCAGGAUGUUAAAAAUACUGACAAAUUGUUUUGGUCGGUUUAUGACCUCAAUCUCCUUAUGAAUGGGAGCUGGUAAAGAUGUUAUGUAGGCCAAUUUUAUGUUGAUAAUGCUACUGAAAGAGUAUCUUAAAAACAAGUUUGACACGUGGUGUCCAAAAUUGUGCAUUAUCUCAAUGAAAGGCUAUGCAUUGCUGCUUUUAGUAAUAUUUUGCUUAUACUAUGCUUUUCUUAAUUUUACAAGUUGGUUGUAAACAUUUUAUGUCCUUUAUUAUAAACUACUCAGCAAUUUAUUUUAAUGUAAAACUGCAGGAAACUUGAGUAGCUUCCCUUAGCAUUGAAGCCUUUUUAUGAAACCAAACUGAACUUUGUGUCAACUAGGACUCCUCCAAUUCUGGUCCCAUUUACUCAAAGUGCCUUUUUUACAGUAAAAAUGAAUAGUCCCUUCUUUUGCUAACUCCUUUUAAUUGACCCCAUUUGGGAUUUUAUAAACUUCUGAACUUUUACCUUUUAUUUUAAGCUGCAUGCCAAGAGUCCCAUUUUGUGCUGAGCAUUUCUCAUUUCAAUACAGUGUAUUCUGUAACUAUCAUGUAUAUUGUGGAUUCUGUUUAGCCAGGGUAGACUUAGAGGACAUUUUAAAGGCCCCAGGGUAGCCAAGAAGAUAGUUUCAUUGACUGUAUAUAUCGUUGGUUUUCUCUGGAAUCAUAUGAGCUAAUCUUGCUCAUAUAAAAUGGACUAUGGAUCGAGCAAGUGGACUGAAUGUGUCUAAAAAAGUUUUUGGGAAAAAAAAAAGUACUAUCCAAAAGUGCCAGAAUUGCUCUUCUGUGCUUUCUUCAUACAGAGCUGCUUGGUUAUCCAAAAACUAUAAUUGAAAAUAAACUGCAAAAAAUAAUCCUUGUGGAUUUUUUCCUCUCUUGGUGAUCAUCACAGUAUUUUAUCUUAUUAAAUAAGCGAAACUACUUUGGUUUCUCUUUUAUUGUCCAUAUAUAUGCUUGUGUAGCUUACUAACAAUGAAACUUUCAUAGGAGGUUCUCAUAAACUUCAGUCAAUACUGAAAUGUAGACCCCUUCUCAGGAAAGCAUCCUUGCUAUCUUGAAAAAUACUUAACAAUUUACUUAAGUAUCAUUGAAGAUUUUGGAAAUGAAAUUCUGGUAUCACUGAACUUCUCUAUGGAGUUUUGCUUCCAGUGGAACCAGUUUUCAUUCUGAUUUCUUGGGUACCUACAUUUACUGGACACUUCUGACCACUUCAUGAAUUAGGUUCAAAGGAGAGAAAGUAUGUGACUUGCCCUCUUGUGGAAUCCUUCAUAUACAUUCAUUUCAUCAUAUUUCAUUCAAUUAUUUUUACACAGCAUUAGCAGCAGUAACACUUUAUAAAAUUAUUUUUAUGUAAUCUCUAAGGUGAUUAGAGAACGUUUAUAUAGUUCAUAUUUAAUUUUAAAUAAUAAACCCUGACUCAGAAGCAUUGCUCUUUUUUUCAGUAGAUUUCAGAGUUGUAAUUUCCACUUAACUGAAUGUCUUAGCUGAAAGUCUGGGCUCAAGCCAGGAACUGAAUGCAGAUUUCCCAGAUCCCAGUCCAGUGCUCUCCAUCUGCAAAGCCACUUCACCUCUGUCUUGCUUUGAUUUGUAUUUGGCAGUGGUAUGUGUCAUAGAACAAAUCUAAAAUAAUAUUUGUAGAGUUCACUGAAUAUUGAAAUCACCAUAUAGGCAGUCAGUUAUGUUUUAGUAGUCAUAUGCAUUCUGGGUCCUUCCUGUUCCAUUUAGGAAUUUUGCUACUGACCACAUGUGAAGUGGGUCUGGGGUCUGAGUUACUUAUUGUCGAUCUGUGCUAGGUCGCUGAACAGAACAAUUGUGCUUUAAAGGAAUGGUAUUUAUCCAAUUUCAGUAAGUGCUGGUAAUAUAGUGUCACUUAUUAAUCAGAAUGCUAUAUCAAACAAACAUUCUGGUUAAAAUUUGAACCUACUAGAACUAUUGUGCUAUUUAAUUUUCAAUUUUUGUCAUCUUAAAUCUGUCAUUUUUAAUUACAUUCUCUUUUCCAGAUUCCUUUGCAAAGUUUUCAUCAUUAUUAUCUUGUAAAGUGAGAUUGUUACUAUUAAAUUGCAGCAGAUUGUUUCUUUUA